AAUACAAAGAGGGAUUUCCCCCAUGUUUGAUGCGUCUGCGGCAAACUGGUUUGGCAUUAAUGCUGUCUGCGCGAAGAUGCAGGGAUAUGAAAGGCACAGCGGCACAGUCUUAUUUGAAGGGUAUCCAGCAUCGCUACAGACGCAGAACAUUAGUGGGAUUUGUUGCAUUUAGGUGCUGUCGGAAAGUGUCGUAAUUUAGAGCGGGCAAAAUUGAAAAACAACUACAUGUGGAAAUUAUGGCGUCACGAAGAGCACAUAGGGUGCUUUUCGAAACAUUUUUAUUGGAGGUGUGGUUUAAUUACUAAAAUGUGAAUUUGUUAGAGCAUUUCAUUAGAGGGAAAGACUGCACGUGAAAUAUUGUAUAAUGGAUUUAGGCGCAGACUUGUAUGGUUUUUAGUCAUUACUGUCAUAGAAAAGCAAAAUGGAAUCAUUAUUUAGCACUCUAAAUCGACAGAAGGGGGAGCUUACGCAGGGAACGUGAAGGCGGCAUUGAUUCAUCAAGAGGAAUGUCAAGCCACGGGAAGUAACCCAGCCUGUGAUUGGUCACAGCCCGUCACGUGAGCAUUUCCCAAGCGGAGUUUCCACGACAGCUGGAAGCCGAGCGGCACAAGCGCAUCGCUUCUCGGCUAAAAAAAAUUGAAAUAACAAGGCUCCUGGUCGUCUCAGCACCUCCAGAUAAACCCCGGUCUGGCAUGGGCGACAAGAGGAGUCCGACAAGGCCGAAGCGUCAACCGAAGCCCUCCUCCGACGAGGGGUUCUGGGACUGCAGCGUGUGCACGUACAAGAACACGGCAGAGGCUUUUAAGUGCAUGAUGUGUGAUGUCAGGAAGGGGACAUCAACAAGGAAGCCACGUCCCGUAUCCCAGCUAGUUUCUCAGCAGCAGGUAACGCAGCAGUUUGUGCUGCCCUCACAGCCCAAAAAGGAAAAGAAGGAGAGAGUCGAGAAGGAGAAGAGCGACAGAGAGCCGCCGCUUAAGAAGAACAGCCACAAGAAGAUGAGGCCAAGACUAAAAAACAUCGAUCGCAGCAGCGCCCAGCACUUGGAGGUGACGGUUGGGGACCUGACAGUCAUCAUAACGGACUUUAAGGAGAAGGCCAAGCCCUCAGCCACCUCGGCCACUUCCUCCAGCUCCGUGUCAUCGGCCGACCACCACAGCCAGAACGGCUCUAGCUCAGAAAACACAGAGAAGGGCCUUUCCCGCUCUUCCUCACCCAGAGGAGAGGGGAGCUCGGUCAACGGAGAGUCUCACUGAGUCAGCCUCCUUGAAACCUUUCCCUCCACCCCGCCUCCAUCAAGGUCUCAUCUGCAAGUCCACAAGUCACUAGAGGAGUAUCCUGCCUCUACAUUAGAGCUGCACGAUAAUGAAUAAAACUUUUCUUUUUCUCUUGUUUGUUUUUUUUUCUUUAAAAUUUUUUGUUUUUAUUAGAAAUUUUUUUGCUGCAAGGACACAUCAGAUUUGGCGAGUUUGAUCAGUUAGCGGAUUUUCUACAGCAGUGGAAUUGUGCAUUUAGAAAGCAAUACGACUUUUGCUAAAUCUUGGAAGGGUUUUAGUAGUCUACUUGGUAAGUUGGAAUUAUUUUUUGUGUAGUUGUAAGUAAGCAGCACACUGUCUAAAAGCUUGCUCCUGGAAUAUUUACUCACAGACUGAUGAGGAACUUCUUCAGAACUGACAG